AUGUAUUCAAGUGGAUUAUUCGUCUCCGACAAAGAUCCUAUUCAAUCAUUCCAUUUCAAUAAAAUGGAUGAAGAUGAUAACAAGUUCAUGAAACUCAUCCAGAGUCAAAUUGAUCAAGCUGGCAAGAUCAACGAAGAGAGGAAUGAUGAUUGCGAUGACAAGGUCAUUCAGAAUUGGUUCCAUGAAAUUACCUCGGACAAGAAUGGAAAGAGGUCUAAUAUGGCAGAUGUGAAUGGUGAGAUUGAGGAUGGUUUUGAAGGUGAUGAAAAGAAGGAGUUCAUUAAGAAGAAAAGGGAGACCGCUUUGAAGGUACAUCCAAAAAUCAAGACUAAACUUCUUUAUAAAGAGGCUCACCAAAAGUUCUUGAUGACCUAUGACAAGAAACAAAAGAAUGGAUAUAUUAUCUCUCAUUCAAUGCGCAUUCCAGGUGAACCUGAUGAAUCUGAUUUCUUAAAUAUCGAACCAUUCCUUCUCUCCUUUGAUGAUCCAUCGCAGCAUGCAUUCUGCUUCAACUUUGAUGAUGAGGAUCAAUAUAAGGCUUUGGUAAAAAUGUAUCAAUUGACCCGUCCACAACUAACCACGACCAACUCUCUAUGCACUAUCUUUGAUCUAACUGAGCCGUCAAAUACUUGUGACACUAGUUGGAGUACCAUGACCCAGGAUAUCAAGGUAUCACCUGGAGAAGGAAUCAAUGCCAUCAACAAGUUCUUGGCUCAGCCCCAAGCUUUCACCACCACCAAGAACGAUUGCAUGAAUAAUAAUGGAAACCCAAUCUUAAUACCUAUACCCUCAGGCAACUUGGAAAUCUAUGGAUUUAGUAAGUAG